AUGACCACGCUUCAAUCGAAGCCAUCUGUACGAGAUUUUAAAGAAUGGCUAAAACAGAAAGCUCACGAAGACAAAGGAAAUGAUGGUUUGUCAAGGGAAAAAGAUUCCUCAAUCGCUUCUACUAAUUCAUCGAUCGAGAGAGAUCACUCGUAUCCGGAUAUCUUUGAGCACACAUUAACAAUCGAGCAAUUAGCUGAUCAAUUCCCAUUGAGUCGAAUAAAUGUGGGGAAACCAGAGAGAAGUCUCGGCUUAAAUAAGGAUGAAGCCUACGGGAAGCUUGAGUCGACUGGGAAAAACGUGAUUUCACAAAAAGAUUCACGAUCAACAUUGUGUCUCUUUGCAAAGCAAUUCUUGCAAACAUUCCGCUUUUUACUCCUUGUGACCGCACUUCUAUGCUCGAUCAUUUAUAUUUUAGAUACGACAAAAGUCUCUCAGCUCUAUUUAGCAGUGAUCAUCUUUGCGGUUUUAAUAGCAAUGAGUCUUUUAAGUUAUCAUCAAGAAAGGAGUGCUGUGAAACAAGUGAGUGGCUUUCAAACAAUGCUUUCCACAAGUUGCAUUGUUGUGCGUGAAGGUACGAGCAUUCGUGUUGCAUCUGAGACUCUUGUUGUAGGCGAUCUUGUAAAAAUACGACCGGGUACUCGAGUUUCAGCUGAUAUUCGUCUUUUACACGCAACCUCUUUACGUCUCGAUACAUCAUGGAUAACAGGAGAGCUAGAGCCGUUGCCUUUUUUCGAGGACACAUCGGAAAGAGAAACGCCAGCACUUGAAGCUCAAAACAUUGCUUUAAAUGGUUGUCAAUGCAUUAGUGGCGAGGCAAUUGGAGUCGUCAUCAAAACGGGAAAUGAAACGAUCUUGGGCCGUUUAUUCCAAAGAUCUUGUUUCGAUGCGAAACAUUCAUCCCGACUCUCUCGUGAUCACUCCCGCUUUUGUCGUUUCAUCGCCAUUCUAUCAGUGCUGAUGGCCACAAUCACAUUUUGCAUUGGCAUAACAAUCACCCAUCUCAACGGCAUUUUGAAUGUUUUUAUCAAUGGGUUCUUGAUUGUGAUUGUAGCAAAUGUUCCACAAGGUCUUCCCGUCACUUUGACGGCUCAAUUGGUGAUUGUGGCGCGUAAACUAGCGAACUUAAAUCUUUUCUUGAAGAAACUCGAUGUUUCGGAAACCCUUGGAACAACAUCGGUUUUACUUUGUGACAAAACCGGUGUAAUGACCGAUAACAACAUUGUAGUCACGCAUUUGUGGUACAAUGGAAGAACGCAUUCAGUUGAAGAUUUACUUCCAUUGGUAACACCGUUAAUUGAAAGACCACAAAUUGAGAGUUAUGAGGGAUCGUUGCGGAGAGCACUUCAAACAAUGGCUUUGUGUAAUAGAGCUCAACUGGAAAAUCUGAUCACCGUUCAUCGAGAUCACACGCAAAAAACCUCAUUUCUCAAUCAAACGAUUAGAAGCAUCAGAGAGCUCACAAAUGGGGAUGCACAAAAGAAAAUGUCACGAGUUUCCGAUUAUGAAAUGGGCAGAGAUCCAUACUAUCCAAGUUUCACUGGCCAUCCGACUGAUAAGGCGAUUUUGCGAGUGGUUCAAGAUCUCACAUCAGUCAUCGAUUUGAGAGCAAAAUGGGAUAUUGUUUUUGAAGUUCCUUUCAACAAAAGUCGUCGUUGGAGUAUCGUGAUCGCGCGUGAAUUUGAAGACGCGAGAGCUGAAGAGGAUGAAAUUAUCUGUUUUUACGCUUUUUUAAAAGGAGCUCCGGAAGAUGUGAUUGAAAAAUGUUCUCAUGUUCUUGAAUCAGAUGAAGAAAUGAAUAUCGAUGAAUUAUUUCUUAUAAAAUUCAAGGAGGCAUAUACUCAAUUUGCGAGGAAUGGUCAAAGUUGUAUAGCACUGGCUAUGGGCAAUUUCGAGGCAGCGGCCGGGACCGAGUUUAGCAACAAUCUUCGAAAUUUUUUGCAAGACGGCUUCACUUUGGUGGGAAUGUGCGGAAUGUCGGAUCCGCCUCGAGUCGAAACACGGAAACACAUUCAAACAAUCACCGAGGCUCAGAUCAAGAUGCACAUGGUCACCGGUGAUCAUCCACGAGCUGCCGCAUCUGUUGCUGAGCUUGUUGGCAUGGGAUUACAAGCCGAAGUUUGUGUUGUAUCGGGCGACGUGCUAGCCUCAUUGUCUGUGACUGAAUGGGACGUUCUUCUUUCACAAUCGCAUGUUGUAUUUGCGCGCACUUCACCCGAGCAGAAAGAGAAGAUUGUUGAAGAAUGCAUAAAACGAGGGGAAACAGUGUGUGCAACUGGGGAUGGAUUGCUGGAUGCACCGGCUCUGAGAGCAGCUCACAUUGGGAUUGCCAUCGAGGCGGCCGGUGGAAUUUUUGCGAAAGAAGCAGCCGAUGUGCUAGUGACUGGCGGCAAUUUGAGACAUAUCGUUUCGGGGAUCGAGUAUGGCCGACUUCUCUUUGAAAACCUUAAAAAAACAAUUGCCUACACUUUGGCUCAUUUACUGCCCGAGCUAUUCCCGGUGGUGCUCACUUUUGUCAUGGGUUGGCCGCUCGCUCUUAGCACCAUGCAGGUAUUAACGAUUGAUCUCCUAACCGAGUUGCCACCAUCGAUCUCAUUGAUUUACGAGUCACCCGAACGUGAUCUCAUGAAAAAAGCGCCACGAAAAUCUUCGCAACAUUUAGUCUCUCGUUCACUUCUUGUUUAUUCAUAUCUUUUUGCUGGUUCAAUUCUGACGAUUGGAUGUUUACUGGCAUAUCUUUCCGUUUUUUGGCACUAUGGAAUUUCAAUAAGCGAACUCAACUAUUCAAUGGAAAAGCAUUGGACUCACGGAUCAGAGAAACUAUUGACCCAAGCUGGUUUUCUGUAUGACGGGAAAAAUCAAGAGAAAAUCCACCGUCAAGCCUCAGCUGCAUAUCAGAUAGCUCUCGUGGGUGCACAGAUGAUUCACUUGUUGAAUUGUCGGACGAGGCGACUUUCCCUUUUCACUCACAAUCUGCCGAAAAUCCAAACGGCUGUCGCGAUUCUCCUUUCACUUCUUCUCCUUUCAUCAUGUAUUUAUGUACCAGGAAUGAAUCAAAUCGUUGGUGUCGAGGCUCCGCCGACAUUUGUUUGGAUGUUUCCCCUAGUCACUGGAGUUGCACUCACCAUUUUCAAUGAGAUUCGCAAGUACUUUAUUCGCCGUGCUCCAAAACACCGAUUCGUACGGUUAAUCAAAUGG